CAAGAAGUACAGCUGAAGGCAGCUGCACCCGUUUGAUUUUCGUUUUGCAACGGCGAGAGUAGGCUGGUCUAGUAAACCUGUCUUUCAUUCUCCGAAUCGGAUGUAGUCUUGCAGUUGCAAGGUUUUGGUUGGUUUUUCCAGGAGCAGGUUUUCAUUACCGAAGAUGGGUGCAGAGAAAGGUACUACCCCAGACAAUCGCCCAAUGGAGGCUGUUGAGGACCACCAAGGGCCGACGUCUUUGGACACGCAAUUCGACGAUUUUGACGAGCAGUUGGCAGCGCUGGAGCGUCUGGUGCACACGUCUUCGUUCGCGCCUGGACCAGUCCGCAGUUCGUUGGACUAUUCCGAGAACCAAUCGGCGUUUAGCACCUUUGCCGACCCGGUGUCCGUUUUCGGCGCGGAAUCUGGGAAAAACCGAUUCUCGUUUCCGCAAGCACAGCGGUUCAACGAACAUGUCAGCGAUGAAAAAUACGCGGCUGUUGGAAAGGAGGAUGAUCAGAACGAGCACGCACUGCAGCACAGAGACGCCCUCAACACAACGUCCACGGCCGCUCCGUCCUUUCCACGUUCUUCCCGGAGCCACUUGCUGGGUUUCGAACUCCGCGAAAUCCAGGUUCAGGAGCCACCGGACGAAGAACAAAAUCAUGUCGAGCGGCACAAAAAAACCUCUCAGAAUAAGUCCAAGAAGCUAGGGCUCCGCCUACGCUACGACACGGGCGAAAUUCUGGAGAUCGAGGAGAAUUCUGUCGUCGACCUGCACAACGCCAGGGCGCUGGAGAACAUUGCGUACGGCCAGGUGGUUCGCGCGGGCGACCGGCUUUUGCGGGUUCAGGGCAAGUCUGACGUGCGAGCCGCGCUGCGCGAGUGGGACGCCUUGCGCCCCCCGCGACCCAUUCUGAAUUUGCAGCUGCGUCGUGAGUUGGCGCAGAAGCGGCAGGAGAUCAAGGCGGAGCGAGCGGAGAAAAAUAAGAAUACUGAUGCAGCAGCCGGAGUGCCGAUGAUCUCUAAAACCGAAGUGGAGCGACUUUUUUUUGCCAAUGUCAACGAUGAUCCGGAAGCUUUGCGAAGCGACGUUCGCGCUCAAGCUGUCGUGGACGCAACGCUGGGGCACGUGACGAGCGCUUUGAACCAACGGCCGCCCGGGUUCGUGGCGGGUGAGGUCAACGCGAUCACGAGAAGCAUAAGCCUGGAGAAAAAGGCUAAGGAUCUUCACGUCCGGACUGGACAUCAACCCGCGAACGCCUCCGCGCCCUCCUCCAAGUCCACUGUCGCAGAUCCCUUUACGCUGAGGACAGCGGACAACGUGCCCCGGGGACGCAGUGUUUUCGCCUUCAGUCCAGAACAAGGAGAAAUAACAGAAGAUUCGAAGCGGGACCGGGAGAGCAAGAACAGUGAGAAGAAAGCGCGGCCGUCUAAGACAGCGACUGCUCGUUCUGUCAAGGUCAAGUCAAAAAGUCCUUCAGGCGGAACUGUAGACACAUCAUCCGCAGCGAAUGCGGACCAAGAAUCCACGGUGGUGGGUGCAAAGGAACCAGAACCACAGCCCGCGUUGCUGUACCCUAGCAUUGACGCACUGUCAACGCGGCGAGCCGCCCGGUCUGCACGAAUCUUUGACGAGCCUGAGGAAGGGAGAGCAGCUGCAAGCAAGCGCUCGAGUGUCAAAUCAAAGCCGAAGGGUAUUCUGAAAGUGCACACGACGGCUCGUUUGCAAGAGAAUCUUCCAACUGGGCAACUACAAGCAGAAAACUUUGCCGGGGUGCGACAAGAGCUGACGAAUAUGCAACGGAUUCUGGCGCAGCGGCGUUCUGCAGAACGGAUGCAUUCAGCGGGACGCUCACGAUCAGCGUCGCGCGACCCAGCGCAGGAGCGGCAGUUCGUUUCGCAGCAAACCAGGAACCUUGGACUGCGCUCAACCAGUGCGAGACGCCGAGAAGAAAAUCGGCUGCGUGCCGAGGCUGCGAGACUCUCCACCGGAGCCGGAGACCCGCUCUUUCGUGACGCGGCGGCCAUGGUGCGCGACUUCGCGUCUGGCGGGGUGGACCGCUCUUUAUCUCCGACGCGCGUUCUCCGGGCCAACGAGGAGAGAAAGGCCUUAGAAGUAAGAAAAAAAAAUCGUGCGAUAUUCUUGGAGCAGAAACGCAAGCGAAAGCAGCUUCAGGAACAGCAGCAGCAAAGUUCUACUUUUCGUAGCCAGAAGCGACUCAAGUCGCGCACACCGUCACCGGUAAAGAAACGGCGGGGGAAGCAGCACCGCGGAGCACUGCGGGCAGUAAACACAACGUUUCUGUCUGAGGAGGCCUCAACCAUCCUGCCCCCUUCGGAGCUGCUUUAUUCGACGUCUUCCGACGAGGACGAUUCUCCUGGUCCGGGCCACUACAACCCCAAGUACGAUGCCGCAGCGCGGUCCAAUCCAGCCCGCGGGGGCACAUUUGGGAAGGCGAAGCGGCUAGUCGGGACGAGUCCAGUUUCGUCGCGGCGCCAGCAGAAGAACCAGACGACUGAUGAUAGCUUCGCUUUCGACGAUGAAUACGGUGAAAAUCUGUCGACCAUCACGCGCCUUUCGGAGGAACCGUCCGUCGCGCCGCGGCGGGGAGGCUACAUUGGUGCGGCCGGACCCGCUGCGCCGCCCCGUGUGCCGACCGAGUCGGUCCGUAACCAGCAGCUGCUGGAAGAGCGGCCACUCACGCACUGCGACAUCGACACCGAGCUGAAACACAAGUUCUCCUUCGCCCCCGCAGCACGCGUGACCGGGCGUGCACCGCAGAACAGAGCUAGAAAAAAACGAAACAUUAAAGUAGCUCCGACCUCAAAUCUGGUCGGCGACAAGUCUUCACAACUUGAUGGGAGUUGUGUGGCACAUCAAGGAACAACACUCGAGGACGAGUACAGUGCGGCUCUGGAUCAUGACGAAGAUACGGCAGAGAGCGACACAGACGCUACCAACUCGGAAAGCGAAGAGGAAGAUCCCAGUGCGCACCUGGGCCCCGGAUCCUACGAUAUCGCGAAACCGUUUGGACAAAAUGCCAAAGGUACUGUGCGGUACCGAAAGCCAACUACGGAGGAAAAAUCGAUACCGAGUAAGGUGGAGAAGGAGAAGGCUGCAGCGCUGCUCGGUCCAGGCAAGUACGAGAUCGAGGAGAAGCUGGCCUCCCAUCACCGCCGGGUGGCCACGCACUCCUUCAAGCACGGACCGCAGCGCUACCGAAUUCUUCGUAUCGUGCGGAAGAGCGGCACCCAAGGUCCCGUCACCGUCGGCGUGCUACCCUACGAGAACCUGCACACACUGGAAUACGGCUGCGCUUCAAAGGUCGUUGUACAAACUCGCAAACGGAAUGGGGAUGCUGGAGCUGUUGAGCGGAGCAACUACGCAGUCCAGCCGUCGGCGUCUACGAUGCUGUUCUACAACGACAGUGACUUCACAGCUGGUGACCAGAAACUACAUUCCAAGUCGACCGUCGAUAGCGCCAGCGACUUGCAGGACGGUGGCCCAGCAGCUUCUCGCCGGAAAUUACCGGGGAGCAGGCACAUCAGUGCUUUCAGUUUCGCUCCGCCUGUGUAUAGCAGCAGGUUGCAGAAGCUGCAGAAGACGGGGUCCCGCGCGGAUUUCUCCUACUUGCGGGAAGUGGGCAAGUAUCGGCACCUGGGGCCGAACACGUACGAUGCGACUAAUGCCUUCAACCGGUUCCGGCUGCGGACCGCACCGCAAGCCCUGUCCUUUUCGCGGGCAACCGGACGCAAAGCCGCAAAGGUACAGUACGACCGACGCCCGCUGGGGCGGAAUCUCCACGACGCGCUGGUGCGGCUGAAACGCGCUCGGACGGCGCUGAUAACGCGCAGCCUUUCCCCAAUUAAGACCCGACGGCUCAACCUGAACCGGGAGCGCACCGUGGACCGGCUGUACGCCCGGGAAGCCUUGAUGCCCGACUGCGUGUCCUUUGGCCCGACCAGCGGCAGCGACGCGGGAGCGUUUCGGGGUAGAAACUUCAGCAGGCACAUUGACUUUGCCGACUUCGCGGACGUCGAGGAACGGAAACAGAAGAGGUCCCGGAAAAUCUUGGUUUCUCGCGAACCGUGGCGGUUCGGUACGAGUUCGGAAAUGCUCGGCGCGGCGGCAACGAGGGCCGGUAGCGCCCCAGCGGAGGCUCGUCUGAAACAAGAAGAUGCUACAACUUCUAAAAGCUCCUACAAGGUCCGUUCCUUCGACAAAUCCGCGCCGCGCCACGACUGGAAGGUGUUCCCGCAACAGCGGAACUUCGACGUGGAGAACUUUCUGGACGCCGACGAAGAGGGGGACGUGCUGAUCUUAGAUCCGGUGGACCCAACGAAGCAGUCCGCGCACUUGAACAACCGACUGGUGGAUUACGCACGGUUCGCGCCCCGGGGCGAGGAUUUUAACUUGUACCCGCGCACCCGCGACCAGAUCGAGAGCGCCGGCGGCGACACCCUCUUGCUCAACCCGCACGGCGAAAAUAAAUUCGCGGACCACCUGCCCUGCAUGGUGGACAUCAGCAGAAGCGAGCGAAGGGGCGCGGUCGGGGUGGUGUCCUCCUCGGGCAACAACCGGUCGAGCAGCCAGCCGGUGCCGCUGCUCGUGCACCGCUUGGGAGACGAGCCGGACGCGGAGGGAAAGGCAACCGAGGGUGACCAGUGUCUGCUGCACGUCGAGGAGGCACGACAGCGGGCCGUGGAACGGCACAGCCGGGCCGCAGACUUCCGGUACGUCAUGGGGCACCCGAAUGCGGAUUACCGGUUGAUGGAGGAAGACCAGCCGCAUUACCCUGGCGAACUGCUGCUGUUCUGGGAAGGCUACCCGGACGCGAUGGCCCGCGGGUAUGAGAGUGCAUAGCACGACCACCGCCGGGUGUCUCUAUUUGAACUUUGAUGGAUACGAACUUUUUUUGUGGACAUUGCGAUUCAUUUUUAUUGCAAGCAAUGCUCUCGCUGUAUCAACAAGUGGGUAGGCCAUCAAUACUAUCAAAGCUGCAUUUGAUGCUGCUCCCAUGCUGGUGUCUUGUAAGAACAAGAAGCUGCAUCAUCAU